AUUCUCUUUUGAGUACAGUAAAUUUAAAGAGAGAGGGAGAGGGUGCUGAAUGUGUAAAGAAUGCAAGAGGUUUGGGACAGAGAGAAACUUAGGGGAGUAUGCAGAGAGAGAGAGAGAGGGAGGGAGAGAGAGAGAGAGAGAGAGGGGGGAAAAUGUGAGUCAGGAGGGAGGGAAGUAAAGAGAAGAGGUGAUGUCAAAGCAGUUGAGCUCAAAGAGUAAACAGAGCUUAAGACUGCAGCAUGUUUUUAUCUGUUCAGCUGAAGAGGCGCACCCAGUGGGCAGGCCACAUUCUCUUCUCAAACCACAUCUCUGUACUCAUCAUCUUCCUCCUGGCAGCUCAGGGGACAGCCUGGCCAUAUGAUUACAGGUACCUGUACAACUACUGUCCAGGACCCGAGUGGAGUGUGAUGUGUAGGGGAUGCUGUGAAUAUGAUGUCAUCCACUGUAAAUGUCCUCUUCAAGGGUCUUCGAUAGGUUAUGCAGUGCCGUGCUGUCGUAAUGCUGUAAAUGAAUGUGAUCCCUGCAUCAUCCAUCCAGGCUGCAGCAUAUUUGAGAACUGCAAGCGCUGUAACAAUGGCACAUGGGGCCCAAGAGAUGAUUUCUUUAUAAAAGGGCAGUACUGUGCAGAGUGUCGCCCAGGCUGGUCUGGUGGGGACUGUUUAACAUGUGGAGGAGUGAUUCAUAAGAGGCAAGGUCACCUGGUUCUUGAGAGUUACCCAAACAAUGCCCACUGUGAGUGGACAUUAAAAGUAGACCAGCCUUUCACCAUUGAUCUGAGGUUCAUGAUGCUCAGUUUGGAGUUUGACCACAGCUGUCAGUAUGACUACGUUGAAGUGAGGGAUGGAGAGAGCUUGAACUCACGUGUGAUUGGACGUUAUUGUGGAAAUGAACGACCACCUCCAAUCAAAAGCACUGGCAAUUCCUUGCACAUUCUUUUCAUCUCAGAUGGUUACAAGAACUUUGAUGGGUUUUUUGCCAUCUUUCAGGAGAGCUCAGAAUGCAUAUCCUCUCCAUGUCUGCAUGAUGGCACCUGCAUCGUAGACUCAUCUCACUCCUUCCACUGUGCCUGCCUUGCUGGAUAUACUGGAAAGAGAUGUGAACAUGUGCUUGAGUGCAGAAGUCCUUUGGUUCCAGCCUACGGGAAUACAGAGCAUCUGGAUGUAAGGGUUGGAGGACAUGCUGUGUUCCAGUGUGACCCUGGAUACACAUUAAAGGGUUUCAGGAUGGCCACCUGUUUAUUGGAUGGGUCAUGGAGUACACCAAGUCCACAGUGUGUGCCUGACCAAAACUGCGUCAUUCCACCAAAGCCAGAGCAUGGUGAUCACUUCCUUGUUUAUGGACCAAAUGAUGUACUUAUUGCUAUACAGUAUUUCUGCUAUAAGCUAUACAAACUGAAUGGAAUCCCUCAGAGAACCUGUCUGGGCAAUAACAAUUGGAGUGGGGCAGCACCAACCUGUGUCAAAGAGCUGGAAAAAAUUCCUGCAGCAGAUAAUGAACAAAGCAAAGACAAACACAAACCUACCGGACAAGACGAAGUGGGCCAUGCCAAGAACAAAACCUCACAAGAAAAAGAAAAUGAGUCAAAAACAGUCAAAGAUAUAAAACCACAAAAACCUACCGCUGGAAAGGAUAAUGUGGGACAAGAUGGAAAGUUUGGUGAAGACAUGGGCAUAGAUUUCACUAGCAAUUUUGUAAAGGAAAAACCUAAAGCUGAAAGCAAAGAUGCUGAUAGCAGCAUUAACACAAUCAGAAAGAAGGAAACUGGAGAGGAUAAGAACACUCUUAAACCCUUUGACAAAGACACACAUUUAGAUAUAGGAAAGAAAGUUGGAAGUCCAACAAAAGAUUUGAGGACUGAAUAUAUAGAUAUUGCCUUGUUAGACAAUAGGAUGACCAAUAAUCAGACAACAAAGGCUGACAAAAUGGAUGGUGGAAUGGAAAAAGGACAAAAAAUAACUGAUGGACCUCAAUACACAAUAUUUAGCCUGACUGAGGAUGAGAAAGACAAUAUUCUUUAUGAAAUAGAUACCAUAUACAAAGGAAAUAACACACAAUUUGUCAAUAGGAAUGACAUAGAAAAUUUGGGGACACUGCUUGAAGAACUCCCAACAGCUACUAUUGGAAAUAAUAGCACAACAGUCAUCCCAACAGUGAGCAAGACAACUGACAAAAUGACAUUGAUGGCUAAACCUAUGGAAAAGGUCAAAGCGGAUACAGUGAAUGAAAAGACAUCAGAACAUGAUUUCCAACAAGAGACAAAAAAAGAAUUUCAACAAAACACAGACAUGGAAGAGGGUGAAGGGAGACCAUGUCUUCGACUGUCACCAUUGUAUAAUGGUUACUAUAAGUUGGUUCCUGAUCUCCUUCCAGAAACAGUGGAGUUCUUCUGUAACCCGCCUUAUGCUCUGAGUGGCAGCGCACAGAGGACGUGUCAGGCUAAUGGCACCUGGUCUGGCACACAGCCCAUCUGUAUGAGAGCCUGUCGAGAGCCCAAAGUAUCUGUGCUGGUCAAACAGAGAGUUCUACAUCCCCAUAUCCCAUCCAGGAAAACACCUGUGCAUAAGUUUUAUUCUUCCUCUGCAGUGACCAAUUUCUUAUGGGAAGUGCAGCCCACCCAUGCUCCUUUCACCAUGCCCCCGCUCCCACAGGGGUUUCAUCAUGUCUACACACACAUUGAGUAUGAGUGUAUGUCACCUUACUACCAGCACUUUGGAAGUGCACGCAGAACCUGUCUGAAGAUGGGAAAGUGGAGUGGACGUCAUGUCUCUUGUUCGCCUGUGUGUGGGAAGCUGACAAACUUUGACCCUCAGAACCCUUCUGAGACUAACUGGCCCUGGCUGGCUGCCAUCUACCGUUUGCCUGUUGCAAGCAAACUAGGGAAGUUAAGUGUGGCCAAGACAAUGGGAGCAAACACUGAACUGAUGGAAGAAGAAAGUGACAUGGAUGGUUGGCAGCUUGUUUGCAGUGGAGCCCUGGUGAACCAGCGAAGUGUGGUUGUAGCUGCCCACUGUGUCACAGAGCUGGGAAAAUUGUAUCCACUUGACACGGCCAAAAUCAGGGUAGUGCUUGGCAAACAGUAUCGCAGUGAUCUGAGAGUGACCAAGGGACUGCAGCGUUUACGGGUAUCCUCCAUCACUCUACAUCCAAACUAUGAUCCCCUGGUGCUGGAUUCAGAUGUGGCUGUAUUGAAGCUCUUGGACAAGGCUCGUAUUGGAGAAUAUGUGCUACCGAUCUGCCUACCAGAUGCUCAUGAUACAAUAGAAGACUCCAGACAAAGAAUGGUGACAGGCUGGUCCCUCUUACCUGACCAGAAGGCUGGAGAUGCUGAGAAAGCACGUGUGGGCCGAGUGAUUCUGGGGGAUGUUGUUCAGUGUGAGCAGGAAUAUGCCAGUUAUGGUGUUCCUAUCAGUGUUUCUGAAAACAUGCUGUGUGGGCAACAGGGUUCUGGCGCAGAAAAGUCAAACAUUUGCCCAGCUGACACCGGAGGGAUUCUUAUUUUGCCUCCUGUCUCCACAGAAUCCCGUCUGACACCUCCACAUGAACAGGGCUCACAGGAGUGGAAACUUUUAGGGUUGGUCAGUUUUGGAUAUGAUUCUUUAAACUGCGAUCCAGAACUUUACACCGUGUACACUCAUGUUGCUAAUUUUGUCAACUUUAUAGAGGAAAAUAUGACAUAGGCUGACAUACAAUAUUACAUCUUAUCUCUGUCUCAUUUAUUUCUUGUAAUAAAUUUUCUUCUAUCCAUUAUAAUACUGCAUUAAUGUAUAGGCUUAAAUACACUGGACUAUGCAGUGCACAUAUAUAAGACAUGGACUUAAUUUAAACCUUAUUGUAACCAUUAUAAGGGAAAUAGUCCUAAAAAAACAUAGUCCUAAAACAUUAUUUCAAUGUUCUAGGAAAAAGUCUUAAAACACCAACACUAAAAAGUUUCUUACAUUCAAGUUGGCCUUCAGUCUCUCAGGUGAUAUUUGCUUUGACUAUAAAUCUUAAAAUUGUACAUACAUUGUAAUGUUGAAUUUACCACUGUAAGCACUAUUGAAAGAUGUAUAAAAUAUGUAUGUAUUUACAAAUACAGGUGCAUCUCAAUAAAUUAGAACGUUGUGGAAAAGUUCAUUUAUUUAAUUCAACUCAAAUUGCGAAACUCGUUUAUUUAAUAAAUUCAAUGCACACAGACUGAAGUAGUUUAAGUCUUUGGUUCUUUUAAUUGUGAUUAAUUUGGCUCACAUUGAACAAAAAAACACCAAUUCAUCUCAACUAAUUAGAAUACUUCAUAAGACCAAUAAUAAAUGUUUAUGUGCUUUUGUUUUUUUGUGUGUGUGUGAAUUGUUGGCCUUCUGGAAAGUGCAGUAUGUUAAUUUACUGUACAUGUACUCAAUACUUGGUAUGGGCUCUUUUUGUUUUAAUUAUUGCCUCAAUUUGGCAUGGCAUGGAGGUGAUCAGUUUGUGGCACUGCUGAGGUGGUCUGGUUUCUUUGACAGUGGCCUUCAGCUCAUCUGCAUU